CCAAAUCCCUAAAACAAUUAUAUAUGAUAACGACGGUGCGAUACCGAUUUAUUCCAUUUUGACUUAUUGUACAUAGUUAUACAUCUCAAGAUAAUUACUGGUACAAUGUCUCUAUUUGGAGAACCCGAUGAUCCUGUCGAAGCAACGAACCCUCCGAAGUCGCGAUUAUCUCUGUUCGACGACGAACCAAGUUCAACACCAGGAUCCAAAUCUUCAUUGUUCGCAGAUGACGACGAUGUCUCGGGAGGCUCGCCAUGGAAUACAUCAGUGCCAAAAAGACUAGAUAGGGGAGACUUGUUGAAAACUCUCCUUCCAACAUCCGACGUGCCUGAAAGUUACAUUGAUAUCUUUGACGAUGUACUCAAGGAUGGCAACGAUUCUAAUGGAAAGCUCAGUAAAGCCGGCAUCGCAAAACUUCUAAAUGCUGCAAAUUUAAGUCCCGAUAAGUCGACUUGGAUCUCGAAGAUCAUUGCCCCUACUGCACAGCUUCAAGAUCUAGAACGGAACGAGGUCAACGUACUAUUGGCAUUGAUUGGUUUGGCCCAGGAAGAGGAAGACGUUCAUGAUGUUACACUUGAUGGCGUAGAUGAGCGACGAAGGAGUCAGUGCUUUUUCUUAAUUGAUUUCGCUUGUUCUAAUCCGAUAAAUGCGCAGAUCUCCCAGUGCCCAAGCUUACAAGCUUGACAACAAUAUCAACCUCAAACUUUGGAUCCUCCACCACGGAUGAAUUAGCUGCGAAGUCUUCUGAACGACCUACCAGUCCGCCGUCUGCCCCUAGCUCAUUUUCGCCACAACAAUCUCGAAUGCUACGAAAGGAUUCCCUCGAAUUUCCUGAAGCUGAUCCAUGGGGCAGUCCGGCUCUUCAUAAAGGCCAUAAUCAUGCUAGUCCCAGAUCGAACGGAGCGCCGACAAACGGAGUACGCGAGCCCGUCAGAACUACAAGUGGCUUUACAACUGCUUCUACUGGUGGAUCAAAUGAAAAUCGACAUCAACAAUCAACAACUGCUCCUACAGAGCCUGCAACUGGGGGAUGGGGCUCUUAUGACUCGAAUCCAAAUUUCAAUAAUUUGGCCGCAGCCCCAGUUGGUGGAAGCGGUGGGUUUGGUGGUGAUGGCGGAGAUGGGGAGCGACCGGAAGAACCUGCUCCACCAGCGCGCACCUUUGGUGGUGGUCGUGUGAACAGCAACGGAGUUGAAGAAAACAUAGUCGUCACCCUGUUGGCUGAGAAGGAGGGAAUGUUUCUAUUUCAACAUCAUAACUAUCAAGUCUCUUCUGUUCGUAGGGGAAGUAAGGUCGUGAGAAGAUACAGCGAUUUUGUCUGGCUGUUAGAUUGCUUACAAAAGCGAUAUCCUUUCAGACAAUUACCACUUUUGCCGCCAAAGAGAGUCGCAGGUAUGCUGAACAACCAAAGGAAGUUUUCAUUGCUAACAAGAGGUUUUCUUUAGUGAAUGGAAACCAUUUGGCUGCGGAAAGCUCGUUUAUGGAGAAACGGAGGAGGGGACUAGCACGAUUUUCCAAUGCACUUGUCAGGCACCCAGUUCUUAGUCAAGAGCAGCUGGUCAUAAUGUUUUUGACUGUCCCAACCGUAAGCAUCUACUUCUUUUAAGUUUCAUAUAUCGUUGCUAAGUACAGGCUAAUUAGCAUCAGGAGCUUGCUGUGUGGCGAAAGCAGGCUACUAUAUCUGUUCAGGAGGAAUUUGUUGGGCGACCACUACCUCCAGGACUAGAAGAUUCCCUGCCACCCACUUUAAACGAUCUCUUCGCCCAGACUAGGACUGGCAUUCGAAGGUCUGCAGAUGCCUAUGUUAACAUGUGUAAUCUCAUGGACCGUCUCGCCAAACGCAACGAAGGACUUGCUGCGGAUCAUUUACGUAUGGCGCUGUGUUUGCAAUCACUCAGUGAUGUCUCUCAAGACACCUACGCAAUCGACACUAAUGAUGUACCACUAUUGAACGAGUGUCUUCACUCUACCGCGAAGCAUCUUUCCAAUAGCCAAAGUAUUCUUGAAGAUGAGGCUAAAGCCUGGGACCAAGGUGCUUUAGAAGAUCUAAAGAAGCAACGAGAUUCGCUUGUCAGCAUGAGAGAUUUAUUCGACCGCCGGGAUCGUUAUGACAAGGACAACAUACCAUAUUUAGAACGUAGGAUUGAGAACAACGAGAAUAAACUAGUCACAAUACGAUCAAAGCCGGAAAACAUGGUUAAGCCAGGAGAAAUUGAGAAGGUCACGGAAGCCAUUAUCAAGGUAAGCUUCUCACAGAUUCAUUCAAGCUCACAAGAAUUAAUGAUUUGUAGGACAAGGAAUCCAUUGUAGCUCAGCAUGCACGAGGGAUAUUUAUUAAAGAGUGCAUCAGAGAUGAGCUCAUCUACUUUCAGUCAACACAGUACAAUAUCAUUCGACUGAAUCAAGACUGGGCACAAGAACGUGUAAAGUACUCGGAGCUUCAAGCGCAUAACUGGAGACAAUUGGAAGAGGAGCUAGAUGGUGUGCAGAUUGGGGCGGAUUAGGAGGGAAUGCAUAGCGGUUGCUUUUCAUUGCGUCCUUUUGAAAACUUUACUUUGAUACCAUUAGCAGCAUUCAUCUUGGGGGGUGUCAUUUAUUCAAAGCGUCAAUUAUACUUGUAUACAUAAAUCUUGUUUGGAAUGUUGGCAUGGGAGGGUGCAUGUGGUGUGUGUGUGGUGAAGUCCAUGGAGGGCCAGUAAUGAUGCUUUAAAAUAAUAAUACCAAUAGCGAUUAAAGUGAACAACCUCUU